AUAUGUUUAUGCAUAUGUAUGUUAUUGUUUUAUAGGAGCAUGUUUGACAAACCAAACAAAGAGGCAUUCUACAUUGUCAUCCACUUUUUAUUUAAUAAACUGAAUCCCACUCGUGCCCAAGAUGUCUUCAGAAAUUGCUGGCCAGUUUGGGAUCAUAAAAGUGAUGCUGAGUUUCGCAAGGUGGCUUUUGCAUGGCUCCAGGAGAUAGCGAAUGAAGAAGGCAGUGCUUUUCCUAAGGUGGCUGCGUCACAUUUGCUGUCUGCUUUUGGACCAAAAUUUAUCAACUUGAUGCUCCACUUAGCUAAACAUGUCAUGCUGAAAACAAUGAAGACAUUUAACGUUGAUGGCAUGUGGGUUCCUGAGGCUGCUGCAGUACCAGCAAGUUCCGAGGAGAUGGAGUUAAAAAGAUUUCAGCUGGUGAAGAGACAGUUCCAGAGAGUGACUGUAGAGCAGGACUUUAUCAUUCAAGACUAUCAGAAAAGAGCCAAAGUUUUGGAAAAGUCGUUGAGAGACCUUGAUGCAGAGAAUGCCAAAUAUGACAGUCUGCUUAAAGAACAUGACCGCAUCACAGAUUUGAAAGAAGUCAUUUUUGCAAAAGCCCAGAAGCUGCGAGGCCUUUGGAAUGAGGUUGACAGAUUCUUAUCCAACCAUCAAGGAAAGCGAGACAUAGUGGCGAGUGUGAUCAAUGGACAGGUGGACCAGUACAUCUUGUGUGGACAGGAGUUAAAUGUGAAGAUGCCUGCAGUUUUGCAUGAAAGGAUGGAACGUCUAUCCUACCAGCCCAGUGCUGUUAGGUUGUAUGAGGGAGGGCAGCGUGUCCUCGUGCAUUUGCUGGCACUUUUGAAUGAAGGAUUACACGUCCUUUGUGAGGAGAGAGAGACAAUUGUAGGGCCGAGUGUACAGCUUCAAAACCAAGAUGUCCAGGAGCAUGCAUUGCUUUUCACACGCUCAAAAGAAAACCUCAAUCUUAUAAGGUGGAAAUUGGUCAAAGAAGAUGCAGCAGAGAUCAAGGUUUUCAUUAGUAAGCUGGAGGAGGACUGGGAGUGCAAGUGGGCUAACUGUUUGAAAAAUACACCCCUUACCUGUUUUCUUGAAAAGGAUCCUGUUCUUGACUUCGUAUCUCCAAUGGUUGCUCUCUCAUUUGAGCCAGCUUCUGAGGCUAGCUUUCAGGCUAGUGUUAUUUCACAGUAUCCAUGUAAACCAUCUGAUCUGCUUAAGCAGCCAUCAAAAGGAAAACUUGAUACCACAGAGGCAGCUGUUCAUUUGGAACAAGAAGUUCACCUUGAGCCAGAGAUCAAAAUAUCUUCUGUGGCAACUAAAGAUCAGGAAGUCCAUCUGCCAUCUGACAGCUGCUUUUCACUAGAACCUGUGCCUUGUGGGACACCACCAUGUGAAACAAUUCAGUCUGUGACCGAGACACCUAGUCCAGUACAGCCUUGCCAAACAAGAAAUCUGUUAAAGACCUCCCUAUUAAAGACCAAGGCUCAAAUUCUAGAUUUGGAGUAUGACAACUUGGCAAGUCAAUUUGCAGAUGCAGUGAUCAUGAGUCCAGGUAAUCGAAGAAGUGAUGUAGACCUUGGACAGUUACUAAAUGCCAUAUCGGACCCCUUUUCUUCUAGGAAACAGCUUUGCCGCACCCCUGAGAGUCUAAUUAAAGAUGUAAGAAGUUCGUGGAGAAAAGCUGUAGAGGAAGGAAUUGCUGAGAAGAAACAAGCAUCUUGGAAUCAGCAAGACAGCCUUUCUUGGCUCAAGACGCCCAUGGCUGAGAUGAACAGCCCCUGCAAGACCCCAAAUUUAGAGGCUUCCAUCUCUUUUUCAACCAAUCUUGCCCAUUGCACCUCUCCUCCUGCCCAGCAGGGGUCCGCCCUCCACUCAACUGUGUCAUGGGACUCAUCACAAUUAGAGGCUUUCACCAGUCAAUGCUCAAGUGAUGUUAUUAAAUUCAGCAUUGCUCAGGAGGAGCUCCCAGACCUGUUUGAUGAUGAUGAUGAUGAUGAUGAUGAUGAUGUGUCAUUUAACAGCGACAUCUCUGUUGAGAAUCCUGGUAAAAAGGCGAGGGAUGAAGAACUUUGCUUGCCAUCUGUUGGGUCGUGUUAUCUUGAUCAAGAAACUCCCCUACUGACAACACAACUGUGUUUGGGGACCUCUUCAGAUAAAUCUCUUUUUAAAGAUUCCCCAGUACAUUCAAGUAUGAGCCAAGAUUUGAGCCACUGGACUACUGACCAUUUUUCUCUUGAUUUAGACCGACUUGAGAGUCUUUCUUCCCCUCCUCGAGCAGAAAAUCUCACCCUUCCCAAUUUAGUUAAUGUCAAUCUUGAUGAAUACUAACAUGUCUUAAUAAACAACUGUAAUUGUUUACAUAUUGGUCUCCUGAAUGAAAUUUUGCACAUUGCUGUGGUGUGCUUUUGCAAAAACCAUUUUAUCGUCGUCAAAUUUUUUUUUUUUCCUUUUCUGAACCAUGUGAACUCUUGUCAUCUGUACUAAACUUUAGUGUAAAUACAAUUGAUUUGUAAAAGUUGUCUGAAAUAGUGUAUUUUGUUAAUGUGUAAUAAACCUCGUUUUGCAAUUUCUGUUCA